CAGCCACUCACUGUAAUCAAGCACACCAACAUGAGCUAAAGAAGAACAAUGACUGAUGGAGUUCUUAUAUUCUGGCUUUUGGCUUUUGGAUUCUUUCAGAGAGGUCUAACGGCGGUGGUACUAACACAGGAGACUGUGAUGGCAGCAGUGGGAGGAGAGGCUCAUCUCAGCUGUCAACUCAGAGAGACAAGAAACGUCCUUCAAGUCACAUGGAAGAAAAUCUUACUUGAUGAAGAUAAAAAUAUUGCAACAUUCAGCCAGAUUGUUGGCCAGAGAGUAAAUUCUGGAUUUACAGAUAAAGUUGAAUUUAAAGAUCCUGAACUUCAGAAAAACUCCAUCGUUAUCAGGAAUAUAACAGAAGAGGAUGAAGGUUGUUAUCUCUGUAUGUUCAACACCCCUGAUGGACCUCUGACAGCUGCAACCUGCAUACAGCUCUAUGAGCUGCAUGAACCCGUCCUUCAUGUCAGAGAAUCAAACUCCUCUGCAGAGUCAGUUGUGUCCUGUUCAGCCACAGGUCGACCUGCUCCCAAUGUAACACUGACUGUUACACAACAGCACCUCGACUUCUUACACCACAACACUGUCAGUGUGAGCAACACCAACGGUACAGUCACCGUCACUGCUACAGCUGUACUGUCACGUUUCUGUGACAACAGCAUUCAGGUUGGAUGUGCAGCUGGAGUGCUCUCAGGUCCUCGGAUGGAGGCAUUUGUGAUGAUUCCUGAGCUCAAACCGACGUCUGAUGAUGAUGCAGAAUCUGGAUCUGAUCACACACGGUUCAGAUUGUUUUGGAUUCCUCUGCUUUCCAUGUUCUGUGGUUUUGUUGCUGUAGUAAUCGUCACUGUGUUCAGAAAUAAAGAUCAGAACAGGAAACUUCAUAUCAAUGAGAACCCUGAAACUGCAACCAGAGAUAUUUCUAAUGAUCUUAAGAUGAAUUAGAAUCGUGAACCUGCCACCAGAUCUCCUCAUCAGACAUUAAAGUCUGAAGAACAUUUUGGACCACAUGAGAACAUAGAAGUCCGACAACGAUCACCUCAGAAGGGAAACAGAGAAAACGAGGACUGUAACCAGAGUUUUAACGCAUGUUUAGUUUUUCAUUAAACACAGUGACAGUGGUAACA